GUGUCAACGGCAAUGUCCAAGCAGCAUCUGGAUCACGGCGAGGAGGAGACUAUGGAAAAGGAGGGAGAGGAUCUCUCAUCUCUAGGAAAGGAUCUUAUGCAGAUGGUUGAAGAAUUGGAAAAUCUCGCUAAAGCUCGGAGAAGCCUCGAAAAUGAUGUUGUAGCAGCUCGCCAUUCCCUUGCUAAAGAAAGGAAAAUCGUACAGCAAUUCAGAAAUGAUCAUAGAAGAUUAGCCGAUGAAGCUUUAGAAAUGGAAAUUCGAUCAAGACGUCUGAAUGAGAGUUUCCUUAAUCGCGAUCAUGAAGUACAAAGCCUAAGCCGCGAGGUGGAGAACUUGGAAACAGAACUUUUAAUCCUUUCCCAAGAGCGCUUGGAAGCGAAGAGAGUUCUGGAAUUUGAAAAAUCAAUGAAGCAAGAACUCAUGGGAACAUUAGCGAAAGCGAAUAGAGAGUAUCAAGCACAAAUGCACGAGAGGGAAAUCAGCAAGCGUGAUAUAGCUGUGCAUACCAGAGCGUGCGCAAAUGCUCGCUCAAGGAUUGAAGGAUUCAAAGAUGCUCACGCCGAUCUUCUGAACAAAUUACAAUACAGUUAAUAGCGUAUUAUUCAUGGCGUCGCAUGCCUUUCUUCAUUUUAUAUAAUGUUCUUUCUACCAUAAUGAUUACACAUAA